AUGUCUGGGGGUGGUUUAUGUGAUCAAGCCCAUUGUUUAAUUCAUAAACAUGUGACAUGUGACACGGGUGGCGAGGUUGUUUCUACAGACAUAGACAAGCAUUCAAUAAGCAAUAUACUCGGUUCGAAAUGUGAUAUUAAUCCGACACUACUGAAAUACCCACCACCGAUUCACCAGACAUACGAGCGUGCACUGAAGGAGAUUCCCGGAUCAUACAAGCUGUGGUACGCCUACCUACGCGAGCGUCGCAUCCACGUCAAAGCAAAAUGUCCCGUUACCGAUCCCGCUUUUGAGGAGCUCAACAACGCAUACGAGCGGGCGUUUGUAUUUAUGCACAAGAUGCCUCGACUGUGGCUGGACUAUCUCGCUCUGCUCGUGCAGCAAGGCAAGAUCACCCGCACGCGCCAGACGUUUGACCGGUGUCUUAGGUCAUUGCCCAUCACACAACACCACAGGAUAUGGCCCCUCUAUCUGACCUUUGUAAAGCAGCACGACAUCCCCAAGACAGCCAUGCGCGUGUACAAACGGUACCUGAAACUGCAGCGAUCAGACGCCGAGUCAUACAUCGAAUACUGCCUGGAGCACGGUCUUACCAACGAAGCGGCCAAGUGGAUGACCGCGAUAGUCAACGAUGAGAAGUUUGUGUCGAAGAAAGGCAAGACAGCGCAUCAGCUGUGGACAGAGAUGUGCGAGCUGCUGAGCAAGCACGGCGCCGAAAUCAGCGCUGUCAGGGUGGACCCUAUCAUCCGCGCUGGUAUAGCACGAUAUACAGAUAUGGUGGGCAGGCUAUGGGUGUCGCUGGCCGAGUACUACACCCGCAUGGGCGAGUUUGGUAAGACCCGCGAUGUGUAUGAAGAAGGUAUCCAGACGGUCAUGACUGUGCGGGACUUCAGUAUAGUGUUUGACGCGUACUCACAGUUUGAGGAGUCGCUGAUCUCGGCACAGAUGGAAACGGUGAAUGCGUUAGACGAGGACACGAUCGCCACCGAUCUUGCCGCCAAUUUGGCAACGGUUGAGUUGGAUAUGAAUAUCGCCCGCUUUGAACGGCUCAUGGAUAGACGGCCUCUGCUUGUCAACUCUGUGCUGCUGCGACAGAAUCCUCAUAACGUAAACGAGUGGAUUAAACGUACCAAGCUCCUGUUAGACAAGCCGGCGCUGGCGGUGGCUACGUUUACCGAAGCCGUACAGACGGUAGACCCGGGACAGGCCAGCGGCAAGCUGAGCGAUCUGUGGGUGACGUUUGCGAAGUACUACGAAGAACACGACCAGAUUGCCGAGUCUCGCGCCGUAUACGACAAAGCAGUCACAGCCGGGUACAGGAAGAUGGAGGAACUAGCCACCGUGUGGUGCGAAUACGCCGAGAUGGAGCUCAGGCACAACAACCCGCGACGGGCCCUGUCCCUGGUCAAACAGGCGACCAGCCAGCACCGCGGCGAUGCGGAUGUCAAUGACCUCUAUGCGCCGCUGCGUGCACGCUUGCACACGUCGCUCACGUUGUGGUCACUGUACGUCGACUUGGAGGAGUCGCUGGGCAGCCUACAGACUGUCAAGGCGGUUUACGACCGCAUCCUGGAGCUACGCAUAGCCACACCACAGAUCAUCAUCAACUACGCUAUGUACCUGGAGGAGUAUAAGUACUUCGAGGACGCCUUCCGCGUGUACGAGAGGGGUAUCGGGCUGUUCCAAUGGCCGUUUGUGUAUGACCUGUACAUCAUGUACAUCAACAAGUUUGUCAAGCGCUAUGGGGGCGAGAAGCUGGAGCGCACCCGCGACAUCUUCGAGCAGGCACUCGAAGGGUGUCCACCCAAGUACGCGAAGGAGAUAUUCCUAGCCUAUGCUCGUCUCGAGGAAGAGCACGGGCUUGCACGACACUCCAUGGCCGUGUUCGAUCGGGCAGUGAGGUAUGUGACCGGAGAGGACCAAGUGGAGCUGUUCAAGAUGUACAUCCGCCUGGCAGCGAACAUGUUUGGGGUGACGCGCACGCGGGAGGUGUACGAGUUGGCCAUUGAGCUGCUGCCCGACAGGCACGCGUGGACGUUUGUGGUGCAGUACGCGGGUGUGGAGAUGAACAUGGGCGAGAUAGACCGGGCACGGGCGCUGUUCUCGCACGGGUCGCAGAUGGCUGAUCCACGGUCGGCCAAGGCGUUCUGGACGGCCUGGCACGACUUUGAGGUCAACCACGGCAACGAGGACACGUUCCGCGACAUGCUGCGUACCAAACGCAGUGCACAGGCGCUCUUCAGCACCAGUGUGAGCGCUGAGCUGGCCAUGCAGCUGGCUGAGAGCACCAAGAAGGGCCAGACGUUUGUGAGCGCGUCAUCUACACCGGCGGCUAAUGCGAACCCUAUGCAGGCGUUGGAGCGAGACGCAGAAGAUGCACAGGCAAAGGACGGCGCAGAAGGGGUCGUUAAGUUUGUGUCGGCCGCGAGUAAGAGCAAGGAGGUGACCAACCCGGGCGAGAUCAAUCUGGACAGCGACAGUGAUAACGGAAGCGAUGGUGAAGACGCAGGAGAGGAAGGUGGCGAGGCUAAGGCUGUUACAGGUGUGGUCGAGGAGCAGAGUGUGCCUGCGGCUGUGUUUGGAGGUCUUAAGAAAUAAACCUGCCACGGUUGAUUUUACCUACUUAGAGAAGGGAUACGCUGUUGUUGUUGAAUCUACAUAGUGUGUCUGCUGCUGCUCUAUAGCUGGCUCAGGAGAGUAUUGGUUGCUCCAGUUGCGCUGUCUGGGGCGAGCUACCGUAUAGGAUUACAUAAAAUGCUUGAGAUAUUUCCGAUCGGUCCGAAAUAAAAUAGUUAUCUUACAUCGAGGAGAAGUGCAGGGGCACGAGACUAUAAAGACUAUAUAGUGUACUUUGGCAAAUCCAAUUGAAGCGAUCUGAAAUUGAAGAUAAAAUUGGACAUACGCAUGGG